CGCGCUGAUUUUGCACUUCCGGGUUUUUCUUUAAGUGAAAUGUAACAUUUCGCUUGUGAUGUGUCUAUGAAACUUGGUGUCCUGGCAGCGAAUGAAAGGUGCUUAUUUAUAACUGAAGACAAAAGACACUGUGGCGGAGAAUAUUGUCAUGCUUGGUCAAUGAGCCUCUCACUAGACUCGCUGUAAUGGCCUGAUGUUGCACUGUUGUGCCUUAUGACCGGACGGACUGACAGCAGCAUGACGCGCCUGAUGUUUCUAGCGGCCGCGGUGUUUCUCCUGUCCGCUCCUGCGAGCGCCUCUCAGGGGGACAAAGAGCCAGUCUACCGCGACUGCGUCAAACUAUGUGUCCGGACGAACUGCACGGGGGCCCGACUGCGCGGAUUCCAGUCCGCUCAACCUCCAUACAUGGCACUCACAGGCUGGACGUGUCGUGAUGACUGCAGAUAUCAGUGUAUGUGGACCACCGUGGGUCUGUACCAGGCCGAGGGAUACAGUGUACCACAGUUUCACGGGAAGUGGCCAUUUGCCCGUUUCCUGUGUUUCGAGGAGCCUGCAUCUGCGCUGGCGUCUCUGCUCAACGGUCUGGCGUGUCUGCUGAUGCUGCUGAGAUACCGAAGCGCCGUCCCGCGUCAGAGCCCCAUGUACCACACCAUCACCGCCUUCUCACUGAUUUCGCUGAAUGCAUGGUUCUGGUCUACAGUGUUCCACACGAGAGACACCUAUCUAACAGAGAAGAUGGACUACUUCUGUGCAUCAGCUGUCAUUCUCUACUCUAUCUACUUGUGCUGCGUCAGGACGCUGGGCUUGCGUAGACCUGCAAUUUCCAGUAUGGUGGGAGUUCUGCUCAUUCUGGCCUUCACGUCUCAUGUGUCAUAUCUGACCUUCGUCAGUUUUGAUUAUGGGUACAACAUGGCUGCCAAUGCCACCAUAGGCAUGAUAAACCUGUUUUGGUGGCUGUGCUGGUGUUGGCUGAACCGGAGGAUUUUGCCGUACUGGUGGAAGUGUGGUGUGGUGGUGCUUUUACUGCAUGGCCUUGCCCUCCUGGAGCUGCUGGAUUUCCCUCCACUCUUCUGGGUUCUAGACGCUCAUGCCGUCUGGCACCUCAGCACCGUGCCCGUCCACUUCCUCUUCUACAGUUUUCUCAUUGACGACAGCCUUCACCUCCUCAACACAGAGAAGCCUGGAGUGAAACUGGACUAGGAGCAAACAGUCUCAGAACCCCAACCCCUCCUCUGAUAUCCUUCCCAUCAGGGCAAGUGCGAGCCGGACCGAGCCAGGCCUCAACCGCAGUGGCUUCCGGCACGCGUCCUGGGGCUGAAGUUUCCAAUUCGAAUGUUUUUCUUGUGUUUACACUUUCUUUUUACCAUAACUUUUUUUAUUUGUUUGCAUUGGACCGAAAGGGUUGCCGUUUAGUCAGAUUUUAAAGAUGUGCCACAGUACUGUAGUUGAAACCUGACUGAUGUUUGCAUUCACUAAGCUUUGCCUUCAAUUAAGAAGUGAAUCAGCCUUUCUACGCCACUUUAUCAACACAGCAUUCUUUAAAAAAGGUGCACUGAUUAGUAACUGAUAAAUAUCUUCACAUAAGUUAUUCAUAUCUCCCAUUCAUAUCCGUCUACAUUUGUGUUGCGUGAUUUAAUGACCCUGCAGUGUGUGUGUAUAUAUAUAUAUAUAUUUCAGAGAUAUACAGAGGCAGACUGAGUUUUACUUUGAAACAUCCGUUCACUAUAAGUGUGGUGAACAUCAGUACUCAGAAGGGGUUAUGAGUGAGCAGUGUGCUCUGUUUCUGAGACGCGGGACGGUUAAAUCGCUAUGGUGCAAUACCAUGAGCUACCAGCAGAUAGCGCAAGGCUGAUUAGUUUCCACACUGCGGGAACUUUCCCAGCAUAGACUUGUGAUGGAUUGGACGGUUUGUUCAAAAUACCCAUUUUUUCUGUAGUAAUCAAUCACUCACUAAAAUCACUAGAUUUUUAACGGAUAGUCCACACACACGUUAAAAUACCGUUGAUGUUUAUUCAUGAUGAAUUUCAGUGGAACACAUAAGGAGAAGUUUAGCAGAAUGGUUGUACAAUAAAAGUGAAAGGUGACCAGGGACCGCUUCAAAAAUGAAAAAAAAAAACAGCAUUUAAAGUAUCUAAAAUAGUAUGAAUCGACUCUUUAUGUGAGUAACAGACCAAAUUUAGGUCAUUAUUGCUGUGAAUCACUAACUAUCAUGAUAUGCGAAGUAUUGUGAUACUGAUAGUGUUAUGAUGGUGAUUUCUUUGCCCAUUUUGGAGGUUGCUGGUCACAGUAUGCUUCUUUUUAAUGGAAAACAGCAGCGCAAGAACAUUCUACUAAACGUCUCCUUUUAUGUUCUAUGGAGGAAAGUUUUGAGUAGUACAAAUCACUUUAAGGAGAGUGUCUAAUAUCACCACCACAGAGCUACUCGUUGCCUGAAUAUAAAAUACUGACUUUAUGGCAGGAAGAUUUAAAGAGUGACAUGAUAUGAGAUAGCAAAUUACUUUUACUUUUAAUAUAUUAUUAUGUUGUUUUUUUCUCGAUGUUGCUGCUUUAUCUUUGUUUUUCAUUUCCUUAUAGUUUUUAUAUAUUUAUAAUUGUUUUUUGUUGUUGAUUUUUGAGUGACUUUCAUUUAUUUUCACCAAGAAUGCCUUUGCAAAGAAAAUAUUACUUAGAAUUGGUUUUCAACAGAAGGUAAUGGAAAAGGGAUGAAGAAGGAUUUGGGUGCGUGUGUGUGUUUGUGUGUGUAGUUGCUGUGCAAUUUGAGCUUGUAGUGCAUUACAUUUACACACAUUUAUUACUAUAGCAACCUAAUGGCCACCACAGCUGAUAUCCUUACAUUAUUAAGCUCUUUCUUUCAGAACACUUGUCAUACUAUGCCUUACAUUUUUAUCUUUUUAUGCCUCACACAAGGCAGCACUUCUCCACAAAUCUCUCACCAUUCACCAUACUCUUACUCGCUUGUGCCAGACUAUUUCUCUAUUUCUUGGAUCAUCUUAAAACGAAUUUGCACAGAUUCUUGUGUAAUUUGUAACUGGAGCCAAAACCACAUUUGAUUGCCUGACAUGUCUUUGUUCCAAAUCGUCACUUGUGCACUUUGUGUGUGUGUGUGUGUAUGUUUCUCUGUCCCGGUGGGGACUUCAACCUGAAUGCACGCAGACUCAUGGGGACUUGUCACCGUGGGGACCUAAAUUGGGGUCCCCAUAACGAAACAAGCUUAUAAAUCAUACAGAAUUAGUUUUUUUGAAAAUGUAAAACUGCAGAAGGUUUUCUGUGAUGGUAGGUUUAGUGAAAGGGGACAGAAUAUACAGUCUGUACAGUAUAAAAAACCAUUACAAUUAUGGAGAGUACAAACCAGACGUGCGUGCGUGUGUGUGUCAGAACAAGAGUGCAAGCAUGAUCGGCCUGGAGGGUAAAUAUAGCCGUUUAGAAAGGCUAAAAGUGGUAUAGAGGGGGAGGGGACAACAAGGGUAUCCAGAACAGUGAUGGUGGGACCGCUGAUCAGACUCGACCAUCACAUCUGAGAGUGUUGCUGCUACAGUAUUUCUGAGGGAGUUUUACCACUAUCUACUACUUUUUAAGUUGCAAAGAAGGUCCAGUUGGACAUUUGGGUUAAACAU